GGUGGGUGCCUUCAGGAAAGUGGGAAAAUAAAGGACUUUACCUAACACAGACAAUAAAAACACAAGCUAGGAAGAAUAGAAAGCGGAUAGAAGAGCUGUGUGUAACAUUUCUUACAUUUAAGCGUCUGAAAGACUCCCAUAAGAAUCCACUCUCUCCGCCUCCCUCUUCCCUCCCUUUACUCUUCCUCCUCUGCCUUACCCAGCACUCUCAGCCAUCCAUGAGUGUGACCAACUCCUCUGCCUAUCGAUCGGAGCGUAGUUUCCACCAGACCUCAUCCUCAUCCUCUGGUAACCCAUACAUGGAGAAGAGCCGAGGACUGUUUGCUGAGGACUUUGGCUCCUUCAUGGGGCCUGGGAGCGACGCUUUGGGGUUUUCCAGUGGUUCUGGAAAUAUCAAGACUCUCGGGGAUUCGUACCAGUUCACGGUUGAUGUGCGAGACUUCUCCCCUGAAGAUGUCAUCGUCACCACAUCCAAUAACCAGAUUGAAGUUCGUGCAGAGAAGUUGGCCCAGGAUGGAUCAGUGAUGAACACUUUUACACACAAGUGCCAACUACCUGAGGAUGUGGACCCCACCUCAGUGACAUCAUCACUGGGUUCCGAAGGGACCCUAACGGUCAGGGCACGGCGACACCCGGCCAAACACGAGCUUGUACAGACCUUCCGCACCGAGAUCAAGAUCUAGAGAGGGAUCGGCUUUCCCAUCACAAAACCUAUCACUUUUUUGUUGUCAUGGUACUUCCUCAUUUCCUGUCUUCGCUUAAACCAUUCUACUUU